AUGUCACUUGAACUGGAUCCCCCCGAGCUUGGCUUCAAGCGACCCUUCACUCAAGAAGUUUGCGAGGUUCUUCACUUGCAAAAUCCAACCCAGACCCCGGUAGUCUUCAAGCUAACGUGGGCCUCGGUUUGUGAACAACAGGUCAAAACUACUGCGCCCAAGCACUAUUGUGUUCGCCCCAACUCCGGUCGGAUUGAGCCCGGCCAGCAAGUCGAUGUCCAGGUUCUCCUGCAGGCCAUGAAGGAAGAGCCUCCACUGGAACAAAAGUGCAAGGACAAGUUUCUUGUGCAGUCUGUUGCAGUCGCCGACGCGGAUCUGGACCAGUCUAAUGUCACUGCCGUUUUCGAGAAAGCUUCCAAGGCCUCGAUCAACGAGCGCAAGAUCCGCGUGAAUUGGCUGCAAGCUGAUGCAGCCCAGUCCCCUCCCCAGCCCCCCGCCUCUCAACCUAAGUUCGAGGAUGAGCCUCCUGCGUACAACUCCCCCGGCGGUAACUUCGAAACCCCUGCUGUUGGUCUCGCAAAGAAGAGCCACGUCGAACAGUCCUCGCCCAUUCCUGCGCCCGAUUUCUCCGAAAAGUCCAUCAGGUCCGAGCCAUCGCCCCCCGCUGAAUCCGGCUCUCCCUUCGCAAAUGCCAAAGAAGCCGUGGUCAACGCUUUGCCUUCCGGAGAAGACCUGAAGUCCCAACUCGCCGAUGCCAAUGCUCAGAUCCAGCGGCUUAAGGAACGUCUGGCCGACCAGGGCUUGCGGCAGCGCAAGACCGGUGGUGAGGCGCCCGCUGCCCCUGCGAUGAUUCAACAGACACACGGGUCGGCCGAGGGAGGUGUCUCUGUGCAGGUCGUUGCCGGCCUGUGCCUGCUGAGCUUCCUGAUCGCAUAUUUCUUCUUUUAG